GGAAGGAAGGAAGGAAGGAAGGAAGGAAGGAAGGAAGGAAGGAAGGAAGGAAGGAAGGAAGGAAGGAAGGAAAAAAAAGCAUUUUAAUAUCAGCUACAGUUACUUCCAUGUACCAGCACGAUUCACAAGCAUGGGAUUUUGGUUUUGCAAAGUCUUUUUUUGUUGUUUGUUUGUUUUUGUUUGUUUGGUUGGUUGUUUUUUUUUUUGUUUUUCAAUCUGACAUGAAUCAUCACAGAGAAACAAUCAGAAAGGACCCAUCCCAAGGGAUCCUCGGAUUCCCAGCCCAGUUCUGCCCAACACAAGUUGAUUAUCACAUUCCUUAAAUGUCUCAUCAGUACCAUGAAUGGUUGCUAGUGACUGGUUUUGCUGGAAAAACCAGAUCAUUAAGUGGGAAUGUGAGAAUCUGGCAGGGGGCUCUGGGUCUACUUAAGAUCUUUCAGGUAAGGGCAGAGAAACAGAAUUUGGAUUUCUAGAAACAUGGCUCUUGUAAGUAAUCACAGUUACUUAGUUUCUGCAGGGGUUUGGGUUUUCCUGUCUCUGUUUUGCUUGGGCAAUGGUGGAAAGCUGUUGGUUGUGCCUAUGGAUGGGAGUCACUGGCUCAGCAUGCGCUCAGUGCUGGUGGCCCUUAGUCAGAAAGAGCACAAAAUUGUCGUCAUUGCACCAGAAGUCAACUUGAAUGUGAAGGCAUCUGAAUACUACACUCUCAAAACAUAUCCAGUGCCUGUAACUAGGGAAGAACUGGGAGCAAGCAUGCAUUCGUUUGCUAAUGAUCUUUUUGAGAGAAGACCUCUUCUUCAAAGAAUUACUGCACUUUAUGAAAAAGUUCACGUCAUCUCUGAUCUCUACUUCUCCUCCUGUGCCAACUUACUGCACAAUAAGGAUCUGAUGCAGUAUCUUGAAGGGAGUAAAUUUGAUGCUGUUCUCACAGAUCCUGUUGUACCAUGUGGACAAAUAUUGGCUUUGCAUCUCUCAAUUCCAUCUGUUUUCUUUUUACGAGGACUCCCCUGCAGUUUUGAUUUGCAGGCUGCUCAGUGUCCAGAUCCCCCAUCUUAUGUCCCGAGAACAUUUACAGACAACUCAGACCACAUGACAUUUAUCCAGCGUGUGGAAAACUUAGUUCUCAAGGCAUCAGAAUCCUUUCUUUGUAAUUCUGCCUAUUUGCCAUUUGAACUUCUGGCCUCGGAUUUUCUCCAAAGACAAGUAACAAUGACGGAUCUUUUAAGCCAUGGAUCCAUUUGGCUUAAAAGAAUGGAUUUUGUUUUUGAAUAUCCCAUGCCACUGAUGCCCAAUAUAGUUUUUAUUGGAGGUAUAAAUUGUGGAAAGAAAAAGACAUUACCUCAGGUCAGUGAUUUCCUUGAUAAAAUAUAUUAAGCUUUGAAUGGAAAAUGCUGUUUGCAAUAAUCACCUUACUAUAUGCUGUGUCUGUACGUAAUUGUAUACAAGUAUGUGGUGUUUAGAUUUGCAGUAAGGUGCAUUGUAAAGAAAAUAUGUGAAAAACUGUGUUAAUUUUAAUUCUCUCCCACUAUUGCAGGUACUCUAGUGGUAUCUAAGCAGUUUUGCUUAUACAAUUGUUUUUUUUUUGGACUAGGUGGAAAAAGUUGUGGUUUAUCACUGCUGUCUUGCUAACGAGGCACACAUCUAGGCAGGUCUGCUGCUCAUCUUUGCUAGGUAUUAUUACCUCAAACUGUUUUACUGAUUCUUUUCAAAACAAUUAUUUUUUUCUCAGUUAAUACAACCAUCCUUCCAGAAUUUAGAAAUAAUGUGUCAUAAAGUGUCAAUUGGCAGGUAACAUUCUGAUUGUUCUUUCAGUCUAGGGUUAUGCUUGCAAAGCAUGGAUGCCUUAUGCAAUUUUCUGCAAAUCUAUUGGAGGGUUUUGCAGCUGCUAGCCAGCACCAAGCCAUGUACAACAGCUUGCAUUACCUACUGAAAAGCUUCCCUAAAAAGAGUUUAUCUAGAGCUGAAGUAGAUUGCUAAAUGCGCAUUUAAAAAAAAAAAUAAAUCUGGUAUACUCUAUCAAUCUCAGUAGUAAAUUAUAGUAUUGUCUACAAUAUUUCUGUUUCAUCAUUUUUAUAACCGGGGCUGACUGUCUAUGCAUGAAGGAAACAACUUUCCUUUCACAGCCCUGGGGUAUGCUCUUCCCAGGCAGAACCAGAAAGGUAUUCAUGAGUUGCUAAUCCAGUUUUAAGUAUAUCUGCCAAAAACAUGGCCUUAUCUUUACCCCUUCCAGCCCUACUUCAUCCUUCCAAACACAGACAUUUCAGAAAAAUAGCCAACAUGGGUUCACAAGGGCUAGGUCCUGUUUAACAAAUUUGAUUUCCUUUUAUGAUAAGAUCACCCAUCU